AUGGAGGUGGCCUGUACCAUGGUGUGUCCUAAAGCUAACCAGGAAGUGAUUAUCACCCAGCCUGACGGCAAGGAGACACAGACACAGAAGUGUGAGAAGUGUGAAGGGGAAUGUCCAAAAGGUUUGUGUGUGUUUUAUGUUUGAGUUCGUAUGUGUUAUGAUGGUGGUGGUGUGUGUGUGUGUGUGUGUGUGUGUGUGUGUUAACAUUUGCAUGUGUGCGUAUUCACCCUGACUGUAUCUAUAUGUGUUCCAGUGUGCUAUGGGCUGGGCAUGGGUGAUCUCCAGGGCUCCUCCUGGGUGAGCUCCUCCAACGUGGCCCAGUUCACUGGCUGCAAUAAGAUCUAUGGCAGUCUGGCUUUCCUACCUCAGAGCUUCACAGGGUAACUGCUUUACGUCUCUUUUUUACCUUAUAUAUGGCCCACUAAGAGAGGGGGAUGUGUCUGUUACCAGCAGCCACUAAAAACCUGGGUUCAACCUGGGCGAGGUUUUCAGUUUACAGGCAAGCUCAAUCCAGAAAUCAGGUCCGAGCCUCUUGCCCAUUAUUGUGCCAUCUCCAUGCAAGCCAUUGCGUGCUAACACCAGAAAGAGUCAACAAGGGACUUCUUCCUGUAAAUAACUAGUAUGGAAGAACUUGCCACAUUCACGCUUCCUCACGGGAAGCAAUCGCUUGCUGAAUCUCUCGGUUUCAAACCUUUCUGGCACUAGCACGCACUGCCUAGCUCUUAGGACACUUUGCGGUAUUUUGUUUUUUUUAUGUAUUAUUUUUUACAUUAUUAGUUCAGAAAGUGUUUUGUAUCAUUACAUACAGCCGGGAAAAACUAUUGGAUAUCAGAGCGGCGGUAACUCACCAGCAUUACGACCAGGAAUACGACAUUCCCGAAGCAGAUCCUUUGUUUGCUCUCCCCAGGGCAAUUGAACUGAUUCCAGCGGCUGACCCAAAACAUCACCGGCGGAGGAGAGGCACUCGGAGCGGCCUGCUGGUUCGACUUAGGAGGCGCGCACACCACCCACCGCUUCCAAGUAUAUUACUCGCUAAUGUUCAGUCUUUGGAUAAGGUCGACGAGCUCAGGGCAAGGAUUUCUUUCCAGAGAGACAUCAGGGCCUGUAACAUACUUUGUUUCACGGAAACAUGGCUCUCUCGGGAUAUUCUGUCGAACUCGGUCCAGCCAGAUGGGUUCAUAGUGCAGAAAUAAAUAAAUAUCUCUCUUGGAAGCAGAAGGGCGGAGAUGUGUGUUUCAUGAUUAACGACUCAUGGUGUAAUUGUAGUAACAUACAGGAACUCAAGUCCUUUUGUUAACCCGACAUAGAAUACCUCACAAUCAAAUGCCGACCGUAUUAUCUCCCAAGAGAAUUUUCUUCGGUUAUAGUCACGCAUAUCCCCCCUCAAGCUGAUACCACGACGGCCCUCAAAUAACUUCACUGGACUUUAUUCAAACUGGAAACCACAUAUCCUGAGGCUGCAUUUAUUGUAGCUGGGGAUUUUAACAAAGCAAAUUUGAGAACUAGGCUGCCGAAGUUCUAUCAACAUAUCGACUGUUGUACACGGGCUGCAAAAAUUCUCGACCAUUGCUAUUCGAUCUUCCGGGAUGGUUAUAAGGCCCUCCCCCACCCUCCUUUCGGCAAAUCUGACAAUGUCUCCAUUUUGCUCCUCCCUUCCUAUAGGCAGAAACUCAAACAGGAAGUACCCGUGCGUGAAUCCACGCUUAAAGAUUGUUUUGAUCACGCGGACUGGGAUAUGUUCCGGGUAGCUUGCGAAAAUAAUUUAGACUAAUACACUGAAUCGGUGACUGAGUUUAUCAGGAAGUGUAUAGGAGAUGUUGUGCCCAAUGUAACUAUUAAAACCUAGCCUAACGAGAAACCGUGGAUAGAUGGCAGCAUUUGCGCAAAACUGAAAGCGCGAACCACCGCAUUUAACCAUGGCAAGGUGACUGGGAAUAUGGCAGAAUACAAACAGUGUAGCUACUCACUCCGCAAGGCAAUUAAACAGGCAAAACAUCAGUAUAGAGACAAAGUGGAGUCGCAAUUCAAUGGCUCAGACACGAGACGUAUGUGGCAGGGUCUACAGACAAUCAUGGAAUACAAAAGGAAAACUAGCCACGUCGCCGACACAGACGUCUUGCUUCCGGACAAGCUAAACACCUUCUUUGCCCGCUUUGAGGAUAACACAGUGCCACCGACCCGGCUCACUACCAAGGACUCUGGGCUCUCCUCCGUGGCCAACGUGAGUAAGACAUUUAAGCAUGUCAACCCCCACAAGGCUGCUGUCCCAGACGGCAUCCCUAGCCGCAUCCUCAGAGCAUGCGCAGACCAGCUGGCUGGUGUGUUUACGGACAUAUUCAAUCUCUCCCUAUCCCAGUCUGCUGUCCCCACAUGCUUCAAGAUGGUCACCAUUGUUCUUGUACCCAAGAAAGCAAAGGUAACUGAACUAAGUGACUAUCGCCCCGAAGCACUCACGUCUGUCAUCAUGAAGUGCUUUGAGAGACUAGUCAAGGAUCACCUCUACCUUACCUGUCACCCUAGACACACUUCAAUUAUCUUACCGCCCAAAUAGAUCCACAGACGAUGCAAUUGCCAUCACUCUGCACACUGCCCUAUCCCAUCUGGACAAGAGGAAUACCUAUGUAAGAAUGCUGUUCAUUGACUAUAGCUCAGCAUUCAACACCAUAGUACCCUCCAAGCUCAUCAUUAAGCUCGAGGUCCUGGGUCUGAACCCCGCCCUGUGCAACUGGGUCCUGGACUUCCUGACAGGCCGCCCCCCAGGUGGUGAAUGUAGGAAACAACAUCUCCACUUCGCUGAUUCUCAACACUGGGGUCCCUCAAGGGUGCGUGCUCAGCCCCCUCCUGUACUCCCUGUUCACUCAUGACUGCGUGGCCAGGCACGCCUCCAACUCAAUCAUCAAGUUUGCAGACGACACAACAGUAGUAGGCUUGAUUACCAACAAUGACGAGACAGCCUACAGGGAGGAGGUGAGGGCUCUGGGAGUGUGGUGCCAGGAAAAUAACCUCUCACUCAACAUCAACAAAACAAAGGAGAUGAUCGUGGACUUCAGGAAAUAGCAGAGGGUGCACCCCCCUAUCUAAAUCGACGGGACCGCAGUGGAGAAGGUGGAAAGCUUCAAGUUCCUUGGCGUACACAUCACUGACGAACUGAAAUGAUCCACCCACGCAGACAGUGUGGUGAAGAAGGCGCAACAGAGCCUCUUCAACCUCAGGAGGCUGAAGAAAUGUGGCUUGGCACCUAAAACUUUUACAGAUGCACAAUUGAGAGCAUCCUGUCGGGCUGUAUCACCGCCUGGUACGGCAACUGCACCGCCCGCAACCGCGGGGCUCUCCAGAGGGUGGUGCGGUCUGCCGAACGCAUUACCGGGGGCAAACUACCCGCCCUCCAGGACACCUACAGCACCCGAUGUCACAGGAAGGCCAAAAAGAUCAUCAAGAACAUCAACCACCCGAGCCCCUGCCUGUUCACCUCGCUAUCAUCCAGAAGGCGAGGUCAGUACAGGUGCAUCAAAGCUGGGACUGAGAGACUGAAAAACAGCUUCUAUCUCAAGGCCAUCAGACUGUUAAAAGCCAUCACUAGCACAUUAGAGGCUGCUGCUGCCUAUUGAAAUCACUGGCCACUUUAAGAAAUGGAACACUAGUCACUUUAAUAAUGUUUACAUAUCUUGCAUUACUCAUCUCAUAUUUAUAUACUGUAUUCUAUAAUAUUCUACUGUAUCUUAGUCCAUGCCGCUCUGUCAUUGCUCGUCCAUAUAUAUAUAUAUUCUUCGUUUUUUUCAAUUGCUUACACACUAAAAUUAAAACUUUCCCACAAUUAGCAAAACCUUACACUCAAAGAACAAAACACUGGCCUAGAUUUGCACAACUGUAAGCACAUUGUCAGCUUCACACUUUUUGAAAAAUAUUAAACACACUUGUAUGCAUUUGACACAGAAAUGUAUCAUGAUGUCAUUUCCGUGCAAUUUCAAAGCAAAGGCUUUCAAAUGAACACACCCAUUAACCAAUUGGUUAAACACAGCCACCAGGUGUGCACACACACUGGUACUUAAUUGUAGACACACCGAUCAGGUUUAAGCACUAUAAAAAGGCAACAGGUAAGUUCACCUGUCUUCAAAAAAAAUUGACGGUGUCAGAGGAAGAUGAAGGGCGAGAGGAAGACCUGGAGGAGGGGUAGGACAUACACAAAGAAGAAGACAACCAAAUCUGUGUAACGAAAUUUUUGCUACAAUUGUGGACCAUGUAAUAAACCACGGACUAACACUGAGGGAGGCUGGACUGAGAGUACAGCCUAACCUAAGCAGGUACACGGUGGCAUCAAUAGUUCGGACAUUUCGUCAAGAGCACAGGUGAGAAACGUAUAUUCUGUCAACAGAAAAUCCAUUGCUUACUGCAUGUACUAUAUCAACAGUUUUGGUAUCUAUUCCUGUAUCAUUUUACAGUAAGCUACAUGUAUUUUGUUUGGCCAACAUAAGAUUGAAUGUCGAGAACACCAAGGAGGGAAGGGCCCCAUAUUCACACAGGAGCGAGAGAGAGAUCAUAAACCUCGUUUUGGCCAAUAAUGCAAUCAGACUUAGAGAAAUUCAAGCCCAUAUUGUCAAUGAUCACCGAAUUUUCAAUAAUGUCCAACUGGUCUCUCUGUCAACAAUAGCCCGUAUCCUUAAAAAAUAUCAAAUUCUGAUGAAACAACUGUAUAAAGUGCCAUUUGAAAGAAAUUCAGACAGGGUGAAAGGCCUGCGGCGUGAAUAUGUGGUGGUACGUUUUGUUCAUUGACUGUAGUAUUGUGUACUGCACACAUAACCUUUUUACUGUACACUGUACAUAGCAGACCUACAGUAAAUUGAUCUACACAAUGUGAUCUUUUGCUGUAUUUCAGAGAGUUUUGCAAAUGGAUGCGGAGGAAGUCCCGCAUGAGUUUAUAUACAUUGAUGAGGCUGGAUUUAACCUGACAACAGUGAGAAGAAGGGGAAGAAACAUAAUUGGCCACAGGGCUAUUGUCAAUGUACCAGGGUAACGUGGGGGUAACAUUACCCUUUGUGCUGCCAUUACACAGAAUGGGGUCCUCCACCGCCAUGCCAACUUGGGUCCUUACAACACUGACCUCAUUCUUACAUUUUUAGACAGAUUACACAAUAUUAUCACAGCAGCAAACCAAAGGGACCAGAUGCAAUACAUUGUCGUCUGGGACAAUGUAGCUUUCCAUCGUUCUGCUCUGGUCCAAAACUGGUUUCAUCAACACCCACAAUUUACAGUUCAAUACCUUCCACCAAACUCCCCCUUCCUAAACCCCAUCAAGGAGUUAUUCUCAGCAUGGCGGUGGAAGGUUUAUGAUCUCCGGCCCUAUGUCCAGAUGGCCCUCAUUCAAGCUACGGUGGAAGCAUGUGAUCAAAUUGAAGCAGCAUCCAUACAAGGGUGGAUUUGUCAAUCCAAAAGAUUCUUCCCACGUUGCCUUGCAAAUGAAAAUAUAGCCUGUGAUGUUGACGAGGCCCUGUGGCCAGAUCGAGCUAGGCGGAGAGAUGUUUAGAUUAUUUUUAUUUUUUAUUCGGUACUGAACUGGAUAUGUAAUUUAUGUUACAGUAUUACUGUAAGCUUACAGUACAAUGGUACGUUCAGUAAUACUGUAUGAAAACUGGAAAAUGUUUUGUUAUGAAUGUUUUGUUGAAAUGUUCAGUAUUGACUGACUUAAGUACAUGAAAAUAAAUACAUAUUUUCAUUAGUCUGCACAAUUGGUGUCAUGUGGUGUUGGUGAAUUUAUUUUUACACUUUCUCUAUGUAAAUGCUAAAAGUGUUUUAGGUUGAGCACAGGAGUGUUUAACUGAUUCAAACAGAAUCAGACCAUAUGAUGGUUGGGUUUAUGUUAUGAUGACAAAAUAAGGUUUUUAUAAGACAUUGUAUAGUUUUGACAAAAGUGUUCAAUUUUGCAAAUGAUCUGAGGUGUUGUGCUACUUUGGUGUAGUGUUGUGCUAAUUGUGUGAAGGGGUUUGAAAAACCGGGCCCUGUUUUCAAAAUUGUGCUUAAGCAAUUGAAAAAAACUGUGAUUCCAUUCCUUACUUAGAUUUGUGUGUAUUAGGUAUAUGUUGUGAAAUUGUUAGAUAUUACUUGUUAGAUAUUACUGCACUGUCGGAGCUAGAAGCACAAGCAUUUCGCUACACCUGCAAUAACAUCUGCUAAACACGUGUAUGUAACAAAUACAAUUUGAUUUGAUUUGAUAAUGGGCAAGUGGCUAUUGUGUAGCAGUAUCACCCUCCUGGGUGAUGUCAUGGCAGCUAUUUUAUGCCUGAAAGCUCACAUCACAUUAGCUGUCACAUGUUGAGUUGUUAUGAUGGUGUUAAUGUCCAUAUUGACCACACGCAUGUGUGAUCUCUGUGUUCCUUUGUCCAGGGACCCAUUGGCUAACAUGACAGGCCUGACCCUCAGUGAGCUGGAUGCAUUUAAGAAUUUGGAGGAGAUCACAGGUACUGAACACACGCAUACACAUGCAUGUACACGUAAACACACAUACACACACAUGCGCGCACACGCAUAUAUACGUACAUGCAUGCAUGUGCAUAUAAAAGGAAUGCACACACACUCGCACAAAUGCACACACGUACCCGCACACAUGCACUCACACGCACAAACAUGCACAGCCAUUUACACACACAAACUCUUUACUUUUUUGGGGGACAGCAUUGAUUCUGUAUGCGUGUGUGGUGUGUGUUUCUGUUCCCUACAGGAUAUCUGUACAUUGAUGCGUGGCCAGCCAACUGGACUAACCUGAGUGUGUUUGAGAACCUGAAAGUGAUCCGAGGAAGGAUGCUCUAUAAGUAAGUCUGUAAAACCAUCCAUCUGUCUGUUUGUCUCCGCCAUGUCAUUACAGUAUUAUGUCUGUUUGUCAGUCCGCCGGCCAGUCCGUCUGUUCACUAGUUUCAGUCUACUAAUGUUUCAUGAAGUCUGUCUUAUAUAAUACUUUUUGUCUGUCUGUUUGUCUUGCCAGUCAAUGUCAAUUAUGUCUAUCUACCUGUCUCGCUGUCUCUUUAUCUGUCUGCCUGCCUGCCUGUCUAGGUUUGUCCUCAUUAUAUGUGUCCAUGUUAUAUGUAUGUCUGUCUGGUCAAGGAUCCCAUGAACUUUGGGUUCAAAAAGCUAAUGAUUACCUAGCACAGCUGCCUGAGGCUGCAGGGUGAUAUUGUAAAUAUUGCAGGUUAGAGUGGAUGGAAGUCUGUACAAUUGCUACUGGAGCAUGCUGUGUUGAUCUGAGAAUGUUCUUGUACUUUAUGGCGUUUUUUGCUUUCAGUUUUCUGUCAAGCUAUCUACUCUUUCACUCCUCCCCUUACCCUUCUUCUACCAUCGUUCUCUCUCCUCUUAACCCCAUUUUCUCCUCCAACAUUUUUCACUCCCAAAAAUAGCUCUAAAUGUUCUAAAUAACGGGAGCUCCGAUACUAAACCUCCGAUACUAUACCGAUUGCAUUGUGUGUGGUGCGUGUAUUGUGCUGUAACUAAAUCUGCUGUUAAACUAAAGUCCCUCAUCACGGAAAUUGUAAAACAAAAAAAAUUACAACAUAAGUCGCGCUGCAGAUUAUAACUUUACUUACAGUGUGUUAGCUCACAGCGCAGGUGUCUUUGCCCAUACUACUAAAUUAAUAAAUGUACUACCUCCUCUCUUUCCUUUAGGGGUGUGUUCUCUCUGGGGGUCCAGUCAAUACAGAUCCGUUCUCUGGGUCUGCGUUCGCUCAGGAGCAUCAGUGGGGGUCUGGUCCUGCUCCACAACAACCCCCAACUCUGCUACACCCAGGACCUGCCCUGGGGGACCCUGCUGCACCCCACCCAGGGGCCCCACCGAAUCGUCAAUGCCAACCAGGACCCCCAGGAGUGUGGUAUGCAUAACACGCACACAUUCAUGAAUGAAAACAAGCAGCACACGUGCAUGCUAAUAUGCACAUUUUGUGGAUGGUUAUGCCUGUGUGUGUAUGGUGGUUGUGUGUUGAGAGGGAAGAAACAUCAGCAUGUGUGUGUGUUCGUGUGUGUGUGUGCAUUCAUGUGUGUGAAUAUGUUAGUACUUUCCAUGUGGCACCAAAAGCUGUGUCCUUGGUGAUCAGUAAAGUUUAUUUAAUCUAAUUUAAUUAUUCUGGUCUUCUCCUCCUAGUGGUGGAGGGCCGUGUGUGUCACCUGCUGUGUGCUAAGGGCUGCUGGGGGCCAGGGCCCAGUCAGUGUGUGGCCUGUGUGAAAUUCCAGCGCGGGAAGGAGUGCGUGGAGGAGUGCGACAUCUAUCAGGGGUGAGAGACGGUCAAACAACCUGUCACACACACAUACGCACAUACACACACGUUCUCCCGGCUUCUAUGGCUGGAGAAUAAGUAGGAGUGUGUGGAGGAGUGCGAUAUCUUUCAGGCAUGAGAGACAAAUGGGGUGCCGUUUGUAACAGCUGUAUGUUAUGAAAAAGGUGCAUUUUGUGCCAUGAAAUGCAAAUAUUGCCAUCUUUUGCAUCCACAAAAUGGAGAUGGUCAAAAAUGAACGGGGAGUGUACUGUAUGUCAGAGCAAAUCAAUUCAAAUGCAGAAAUGAUAAAGCAUUUAGCCAAUCAAUCGAAAAGCUUUUAUUGUUGAAUCUGCCCUCUGGUUCCUUUGGUUGAUCCAGACCAAAGCAGCUUGUACGCGCAUGCGCCAUCGCGCACAUGUUGAUUUUGUCCAUCAUGACAUGCAGGUUAAAAUAUCUAAACCAACUGUGAACCAAGUAUAUUAAUUUGGGGGCAUGUCGGAAACACACAUGAAACAUUCAUGGACUUUUAGCUAGCUUGCUAUGGCUAGCCAAUUUGUCUUGGGAGAUGAACAUUGGGGGGGGGGGGGGCAGAUUGGCUGUACUGACUUCAGACGAGUCUCCUGACACUUGUGGGGGUCGUAGAGCAAAACAGAGAACAUUGUGUUCGUGAGAGUCUCAUGGUCUGACAAACACCACUCUAGCUCUGUCACCUUUCACCGCAGAUGCGGAACUGUUACAUAGGCGGAUGCGGUGGAUUGAGACGCAUCCAAUCCAGGGGUGCGGACAUCAACCUUAGGGGGUUAAACAACUAAUGAAUUCCAUUUAAAAAGAACAGAAUAUCAUAUUUUGGGUUUUAUUAAAAAGGUCAAAUAGGGGGUGCUUAUAUUUGGCCUGUUUCACACAUGUACAAUUGUGUGGUGUGAAAUGGAAAUGUGUUUUUUCUAUGCAUAUCCCACUCCCCCUGAAACGCCUUCGGAGAGUCGGGUCACGGCUAAGGAUCAGCCAUUAUUGACGGCGACCCUGGAGCAAUUAGGGUUAAGUGCAGAUUUUUCACCUAGUCGGCUCGGGGAUUCGAACUAGUAUCCUUUCGGUUACUGGCCAAAAGCUCUAACCGCUAGGCUACCCUAUGGCUAUGCUGCUGCAAGUGCUGAUGUGUAGAAUGCAUGGAAUAGCGGUUAUAUUUUGAAAUAGAGCCCAUGCCUUAAUUUUAAAGAGUUGUUUGGCAAAUGUAUGUGUUUUAGGAACCUUAGAACCUUCUCUUUCCAAUAGGUUAUGAAAUCAAAACGUCUUACCUGCAUGAAGCAUGAUUUAAAACAUUUGCUUUUUGGCAAGCUGAGUUCCCUUCUUUGUCAAUUAGGCUACCCACGCUGCGCUGCAGUCUCUUCAUUCACAAGGCAAUUUAUAAUAUUGUCAUCCAUCAGACUAUUGUCAUCUUGCCUUUAGCCUAUAUUUAUUAUUAUAGGCCUGUGUGAAAUUAGUUUUCGAUAUAGUUUAGGUGUAGUUUUGAUGGGCCAUUGUCAGAUGGCAGCCUACUGUUAGGUGAAGGAAGGGGGGAAAAUUACAUGUCCUCCUAAAACUGCUUAUAACACAAACUCUGUUUGUGAUAGCGAAAUUCAAAUGAAUAGACUUAUUUAGGAAAAGUCAAGGAUGGGGGGACAUGACCAUAAAUGGCAGAGUAAUUAAAUUGUUAAAUUAAUGUGACCUUAAAAUGAUGCUCUCGGCCCUUCUAGUGUUAAUCGACAGAUAAAAGGGGAAACCUAGUUAGUUUUUAGUUAGUUAUCUAUGAUUAACCUUUUGACGUGUACGAUCACAUAUUCCUGAUUGUUGAGUGGUCCCUGUAGCAUACCAUCGCAAUUAUGUGAUUGGAAUAGUAGCAACAGAACGUAUGAUGCAACAAACGUGUCUACACAGCAGUGUUGUCUGAAAAGCAUCUAAACAAUGUUUUGUACUGAUGGAAAAUAAAGGUCUUCAAAAUGUAAUUCCUCAAUUUCACCUUUUAUUGUAAAAGAUAAAUGCAAACUUCAUCAUCUAAGCAUCACACGGAACACAUCCUCAGCCAAACUCAUUCCAUAAACCAGUCUAAAUAACAGGUUGCGCUGACAAAAAACUAAAACAAAAGUUAGUGACCUAACAGCUAGACUUGUUUACAAUGUACCACAUCUCUGGUGAGCACAAGGGAGAAAUGUAAUAUUGUUUAGAAAAGAGAUAUGUGUCAGCUAAGCUAACAGUGGCUAAAUUCUUUAUGAUGGCAGCCAUGUUUGUUUAUGUUUGACAAGCCAUUCACUAUAAGACGCAAAUAAACAAAGUCAAAGAUGGCUGCGCCCAUUGCCCGAAUAAGAUCAAUUUAGUUUGGCCACUUUUCAGCAUAUUUCAAAUAUUUGAUGUGCUCGUUACAGUGUAUACAAGAACCGGAACACAUGACUAGACAAGUCGUUUACUGUUUUUGACAAAUCACAAAGCAAAUAAAAUAUUAUCACCUCACAGAUUAUCACCUCAAAUACAAGCCUACUGCCUAGCCUAGCCAUAGUGCAAAAGCUAAACAGGGUUGCCUGAUUUGGGUGAAACCAUUUUAGGGAGGGUUGUAGUCAGUAAUACUUGAAGUUUAUACAAAUGUAACCACGUUUUGGAAGGAGAUCGAUAACUGGUCCACCCAUGUAACAUUCAGACGGUAAAUCACACCAAAGCAUAAACCUAGAUACUCCUGUCUAGCUCCAUAGUUUACGAUAACCCAUUAUAUCUACAACCUCGCCUCACUCAUGCCACGGUCUGUGCACACAAUAUAGCUGACUACUCGCACUGUAAUGGUUUUGACUUGAGGUUAUUGUUUGUUAGGGGUGCCAGGUAGGUUGUGCAUACCAGAGAAAAUAUUGAUUUCUCCUUUUUGUUUGUGAGGAAAUUAGUCCCUUCCGUUCCGUCAAGUUUACACCAAUACAAAGGACUCAUGUAAAAGUCAGUAUGGAAAUACACUUUUCAUAAACCCUUAAAACAUUGUAAAUAACUUCAAAACAACUGUGUACUUUUGUGUUGGUUGUAUUACCAAAAUAAAUGAUAUCACACAUAAUAAUGUCACAACACAAUGAUCUCUGAUUCCUCAAGAAAAGUCUCGUACCUCAGGCCUUAAAAGAGUCCAGCCCGGUAAAUGAGUUAAAGUGAACUCAAGUAACCUCAGUCACGCAAUUGUCCUUCCUUAAAGUGAUGCGUAAAACCAGUUUAAUUCAUACAAUCAGAUUGCAAUAAACUCCCAUUUCACACACAAUAAAGAGUAUCAGAAAUCUCAGUAGUCUUCAACUACAACUGAACACAUAAAUCAACACGGUAUACAGUGAGGGAAAAAAGGAUUUGAUCCCCUGCUGAUUUUGUACGUUUGCCCACUGACAAAGAAAUGAUCAGUCUAUAAUUUUAAUGGUAGGUUUAUUUGAACAGUGAGAAACAGAAUAACAACAAAAAAAUCCAGAAAACGCAUGUCAAAAAUGUUAUAAAUUGAUUUGCAUUUUAAUGAGGGAAAUAAGUAUUUGACCCCCUCUCAAUCAGAAAGAUUUCUGGCUCCCAGGUGUCUUUUAUACAGGUAACGAGCUGAGAUUAGGAGCACACUCUUAAAGGGAGUGCUCCUAAUCUCAGUUUGUUACCUGUAUAAAAGACACCUGUCCACAGAAACAAUCAAUCAAUCAGAUUUCAAACUCUCCACCAUGGCCAAGACCAAAGAGCUCUCCAAGGAUGUCAGGGACAAGAUUGUAGACCUACACAAGGCUGGAAUGGGCUACAAGACCAUCGCCAAGCAGCCUGGUGAGAAGGUAACAACAGUUGGUGCGAUUAUUCGCAAAUGGAAGAAACACAAAAUAACUGUCAAUUUCCCUCGGUCUGGGGCUCCAUGCAAGAUCUCACCUCGUGGAGUUGCAAUGAUCAUGAGAACGGUGAGGAAUCAGCCCAGAACUACACGGGAGGAUCUUGUCAAUGAUCUCAAGGCAGUUGGGACCAUAGUCACCAAGAAAACAAUUGGUAACACACUACGCCGUGAAGGACUGAAAUCCUGCAGCGCCCGCAAGGUCCCCCUGCUCAAGAAAGCACAUAUACAGGGCCGUCUGAAGUUUGCCAAUGAACAUCUGAAUGAUUCAGAGGAGAACUGGGUGAAAGUGUUGUGGUCAGAUGAGACCAAAAUCGAGCUCUUUGGCAUCAACUCAACUCGCCGUGUUUGGAGGAGGAGGAAUGCUGUCUAUGACCCCAAGAACACCAUCCCCACCAUCAAACAUGGAGGUGGAAACAUUAUGCUUUGGGGGUGUUUUUCUGCUAAGGGGACAGGACAACUUCACCGCAUCAAAGGGACGAUGGACGGGGCCAUGUACCGUCAAAUCUUGGGUGAGAACCUCCUUCCCUCAGCCAGGGCAUUGAAAAUGGGUCAUGGAUGGGUAUUUCAGCAUGACAAUGACCCAAAACACACGGCCAAGGCAACAAAGGAGUGGCUCAAGAAGAAGCACAUUAAGGUCCUGGAGUGGCCUAGGCAGUCUCCAGACCUUAAUCCCAUAGAACAUCUGUGGAGGGAGCUGAAUGUUCGAGUUGCCAAACGUCAGCCUCGAAACCUUAAUGACUUGGAUUUUUUUUUUGUUAUUCUGUCUCUCACUGUUCAAAUAAACCUACCAUUAAAAUUAUAGACUGAUCAUGUCUUUGUCAGUGGGCAAACGUACAAAAUCAGCAGGGGAUCAAAUACUUUUUUUCCCUCACUGUAAAUCACCCCAAAACAAAUGAUAUACCGUAUGCAAAAAAGUUGUAGUCAGAUCGGUAGUUCAACAAUAGACAUAAGUAGAGCUGAUACUGAUUGAUCCUGCGACACAGCUACAGUACACACUUUUAAAUACAGCAAAACAAUCAGGGUAUCAACGAGCUUCCAAGCUGGGGGUUGAACACUUCCUGACUUGAUCCACCCUGUUCUCACUCUCUUCCGCCUCGACCAGGCUAAAACCUAUCCAAGUCAUAAUGUUCACCGCAUUUGAUGAUUGCAAAAUAUCUUCCUCGCUUGGUGAUGAGGCAGGCAUCUGUAGACUACAUGUCCAGUGGUGAUAAUACGUUGACAUGAUGAUAAAAUAUACGCACCGCUGUAGCCUAGUUUUUCCAGGGGAGAACAAAUUAAAUGAAUUUAAAAAAUGAAUAACAAGUAUUUAGGAUGCCAGCAUUUCCCUUAGCUAUGGUCGACAUAUGUAUUAUAUGCUCUCACUUUGUUUGUUCGCCACUAUUGUAUCAAACACACCGGACAUAACACCUGAGCUACAGGGGGUUAUGAAAUAACAUAUGGAAUCAUGUAGUAACCAAAAAAGACAAAUCAAAAUAUGUUCUAUAUUUGAGAUUCUUCAAAUAGCCACCCUUUGCCUUGAUGACAGCUUUGCACAUACUUGGCAUUCUCUCAACCAGCUUCACCUGGAAUGCUUUUCCAACAGUCUUGAAGGAGUUCCCACAUAUGCUGAGCAUGAUAGUCCCACUAAGCCCAAACCAGAUGGGAUGGUGUAUCGCUGCAGAAUGCUGUGGUAGCCAUGCUGGUUAAGUGUGCCUUGUAUUUUAAAUAAAUCACAGUGUCACCAGCAAAGCACCCCCACACCAUAACACCUCCUCCUCCAUGCUUUAUGGUGGGAAAUACACAUGCGGAGAUCAUCCAUUCACCCACUCCGCGUCUCAGAAAGACACAGCGGUUGGAACCAAAAUCUCCAAUUUGGACUCCAGACCAAAGGACACAUUUCCAGCGGUCUAAUGUCCAUUGCUCGUGUUUCUUGGCCCAAGCAAGUCUCUUCUUCUUAUUGGUGUCCUUUAGUAGUGGUUUCUUUGCAGCAAUUCGACCAUGAAGGCCUGAUUCACAUAGUCUCCUCUGAACAGUUGAUGUUGAGAUGUGUCUGUUACUUGAACUCUGUGAAGCAUUUAUUUGAGCUGCAAUUUCUGAGGCUGGUAACUCUAAUGAACUUAUUCUCUGCAGCAGAGGUAACUCUGGGUCUUCCAUUCCUGUGGCGGUCCUCGUGAGAGCCAGUUUCAUCAUAGCGCUUGAUGGUUUUUGCAACUGCACUUGAAGAAACUUUCAAAGUUCUUGAGAUUUUCCAUAUUGACCUUCAUGUCUUAAAGCAAUGAUGGACUGUCGUUUCUCUUUGCUUAUUUGAGCUGUUCUUGCCAUAAUAUGGACUUGGUCUUUUACCAAAUAGGGCUAUCUUCUGUAUACCACCCCUACGUUGUCACAACACUACUGAUUGGCUCAAACGCAUUAAGAAGGAAAGAAAUUCCACAAAUGAACUUUUAAGAAGGCACACCUGUUAAUUGAAAUGCAAUCCAGGUGACUACCUCAUGAAGCUAGUUGAGAGAAUGCCAAGCGUGUGCAAAGCUGUCAUCAAGGCAAAGGGUGGCUAUUUGAAGAAUCUCAAAUAUAAAAUAUAUUUUGAUUUGUUUAACACUUUUUUGGUUUUGAUGUCUUCACUAUUAUUCUACAAUGUAAAAAUAAAGAAAAACCCUUGAAUGAGUAGGUGUGUCCAAACUUUUGACUGGUAGUGUACAUGUAGUUGGGGUAAAAGUGACAAGGCAAUCAGGAUAGAUAAUAAACAGAGUAGCAGCAGCGAGUGUGAAAGUGUGUGUGUGUGUGUGUGUGUGUGUGUGUGUGUGUGUUUGUUUUGUGUGUGUGUGUGUGUGAGCAUAUGUAGUGUGUGUGUUGUUCAUUAGGACACACAAUGGAUAAUGUUAAAUGUUUUGCAACAGAAAACAUAAAUCCAGCCCUGGUAGUUCCUCCCUGUUUCAGUCUGUUUUAUUCUGUUUGGUGUCUAAUGAACACGACCCUGCAUUAUGUAGCUCUGGUCAAAAGUAGGGCACUGUAUAGACGGGUGGGUUGUCUAGCAACAAAACUGAUUCGUGCACAACUUUGAGGAAAAAUAGACAGGGUUGGCUUACAUUCAAAGGAUUAUUGACAACAUGUAAACUACCUUUUGUCUCCAAAUGUUUAUUGAAAACACAAAACAAUUUGCACAAUAAGCACUUGUUGUUUCUCAAAUACAUCGCUACAGUUGUUGGUUAGCUAGCUAGUAAACUUUUGCCAUAUUAGCAUAAACAUUAAUAAAUAAGUCAAAACACCUCAAAACAAGAUAUGGUAUCAAGAAUAAGAUACAACUAGUUUAAAAGAGCCACCUACGAUUCCCCACACAUAAUUUUUAUGACGUUGUCAGGCAACCCGUCUAUAGGGAUUUUAUUUUAAAUGGUAAUCUUGAGAUCAUCUUGAGAUGCAGGUAGAGUGUGUGGACUGUUUGGAUGUGUAACUAAGGCGAUGAUGGUGAUGAUUGUGAUGAUGACGAUUAUGAUAAUGAUGUCGGUGAUAAUGACUGUGACAAUGGUGAUGAUAGUGAUGGUGAUGAUGAUGUAUUUGGUGCAGGUCCCCGAGGGAGUUUUUUGACAGCUCCGAGAGAGUCUGUGGCGCCUGUCACUCAGAGUGUCGCCCCAUCAAUGGCUCUGCCUCCUGCCUAGGCCCGGUAAGACGUGUGUGUGUGUGUGUUUGUGCGUGUGUUUGAUCUAUUUUCAUCUGUUUGUGUGUAUUUUCAUUCAUGAGUUUUUGUGUGUGUGUGUGUUUUCAUUUAUAGUGCUGUGAAAAAGUAUUAGCCCCCUUUCUAAUUUUCUCUACCUUUGCAUAUUUUCGAUCCUGAAUGUUAUCAGAUCGUCAACCAAAACCUAAUAUUACAUAAAGGGGACCUGAGUGAACAAAUAACAAAACAAUUACAUACUUAUUUAAUAUAUUUCAUAAACAAAGUUAUGCAACAAGGCUUCCUGUAGUUGUUGAUCAGUCUCUCACGUCGCUGUGGAGGAAUUUUGUCUCACUCUUCCAUCCAGAACUGCUUUAACUCAGCGAAAUUUGCGGGUUUUCAAGCAUGAACCGCUCAUUUCAAGUCCUGUCACAACAUCUCAAUUGGGAUUAGGUCUGGACUUUGACUAGGCCAUUCUAAAACUUCAAAUUUGUUGCUUUUAAGCCAUAUUCAUGUUGACUUGAUUGUGUGCGCUUCCGCUUCAGCUCACAGACGGAUGGCCUUACAUUCUUCUGUAUAAUUCUCUGAUACAGGUAGAACCUUACUUCCACAGUAAGAACCUCAUACCUAUGGUCAAGCAUGGUGGUGGUGGUAGUGUGAUGGUUUGGGGAUGCUUUGCUGCCUCAGGUCCUGGAUGACUUGCCUUAAUAGAAGGAACCAUGAAUUCUGCUCCGUAUCAGAGAAUUCUACAGGAGAAUGUCAGACCAUCCGUCUGUGAGCUGAAGCUGAACCGCAGCUGGGUUCAUGAAAACACUCAAGUGUACAUGAAAAUUGUUAAAAAGCAACAGAUUUGAAGUUUUGGAAUGGCCUAGUCAAAGUCCAGACCAAUUGAGAUGUUGUGGUAGGACUUGAAACGAGCGGUUCAUGCUUGAAAACCCACAAAUGUCGCUGAGUUAAAGCAGUUCUGCAUGCAAGAGUGGAACCAAAUUUCUCCACAGCGAUGUGAGAGACUGAUUAACAACUUCAGGAAGCAUUUGGUUGCAGUCAUUGCAGCUAAAGGUGGCACAACCAGUUAUUGAGUGUAAGGGUGCAAUUACUUUUUCACACAGGGGAAUUAAGUGUUGCGUAACUUUGUUAAUUAAAUAAAUAAAAUAAUUAUACCUUUUUUUUGUUAUUUGUAAAGUCAGGUUCCCUUUAUCUAAUAUUAGGUUUUGGUUGAAGAGCUGAUAACAUUCAGUAUCAAAGAUAUGCAAAAAUAGAGAAAAUCAGAAAGGGGGCAAAUACUUUUUACUAUAUGUGUGUGUGUAAAUACUAUAUGUGUGUGUGUGUGUGUGAAUCUAUGCCCCUCUUUUGUCUUACCUAUAGGGGGCCCACCAAUGUACAGAUUGCCUGCACUACCAGGAUGGGGAGGUGUGUGUGGAGAAAUGUCCCAGUGGGUUGAAGGAGGAGCAGCACACUGUGUGGAAAUACAGCAAUGCCACGGGCCACUGCCUCUCCUGCAACACCAACUGCACACUCUCGUGAGUGUACACAUACACACACACACACACACACACACACAGGCAUGUGAUCGCAUACACACACACAAACUUAAACAGACACACAGAUAUGACAUGAGACAUACACACACAAACAGGCGUGUGAACAAACACACAAACAGGCAUGUGAACACACACAUAUACACACACACACAGUUCAGACACACACACACAGGCAUGUGAUCACAUACACACACACAAACUUAAACACACACAGAGAUAUGACAUGAGAUAUACACACACACAAACAGGUACGUGAACACAUAAACACACACACACACACCACCACCAAACUGCACAAUGCUAAUGCUGCUUUCUCUUUCUUAGGUGCACUCAGAAGGAUGAAAGAGGCUGCCCCAUCCAUACUAAAACAGGGUAACGUUUUCCAUCACAAAUAUCUGUUAUGUUCUGAUAUCCCAUUGUCUUUCAAAUUAUAAAUUUUUUCAAACCACACUCACCACUUUGCUGCUGUUUCUCCCCUCUAUCCAACUCUCUCCCAUUCUCUCUUUUCCAACUGUCGUAAAAAAUAAAAUCUUUCAUCUCUCCUGCUCUAUAACUUAAGUUCUCCAGCGUCAUCUUUGAGCCUUCUGUUCUGUUCGUCGAGGAUUACUUCAUCUGCUUCAAUGCAUUCACAAAAAAAGCACAAGGAAGCCAAGAGUUUUAUGAAUGUGUAGUAGCAGUAAUAAAAGUAGUAGGUCCUUGAUGAAUGUGAAUGUUGCUCUCUAUCUUUCCAGGCCGGGCACGUCGAUAGCGGCGGCGGUGGGCGGGGCGGUGCUCUUCCUCAUCCUAUUGGGUCUGCUGGUGUUCUACCUACGCCGACAGAAACAGCUCAAAAGGAAGGAGACAUUGAGGAGGAUCCUCCAGGAGCAUGAGGUGGGUGUGGGCACUGCCAUGACACAUGGGGCUGGCGUGAAGCAUCAUGGAGGUUGUAGUUCAAAAGACAGAUUUUGGAAAAUGAUUCAUGUGAAGCUUGUAAAUUAUCUAUUUGUAAUAUCAAUAGGUAGAUCAUACAACGUGUUAAUAAGCUGUCUGUUUUAUAGUUACAGGGGUUAAAGUUCUCUGUCACUGCGACGGAUUUCCUUCAUAUGGAUUCAUAUAUUUAUUUUAAUAUAUUGAAUAGGACUAGAAUUGGUCAAGUUUAAUACAGGUACAAAAUGAUCCUCUUUCCCUAAGAACAUGAUGGUCAUGCCUUUUUUACAUGAAACGGGAGGUUAAUUUGGCCCCAGACAAUCAAUCUGACAUCAACUUACGUUUCAGUCAUGGGAUCUUUUUCUUCUUUAACCCCUGUAGUUAAUCUGUUAUUAGUGUUUCCCAGGGCAUUAUCAAUGUUGUAGGUCUUGUAGUAACACAAAGCGUGAUAAAAGUUUCAGUUCUAAGUGAAAGAGUCAGUGAUUACAGUUCUAGUUUUAACUGCAAGCAUGAUGGGAGUCUUCUCUCUGUCUGUAGCUGGUGGAGCCUCUGACUCCCAGCGGAGCCAUGCCCAAUCAGGCCCAGAUGCGCAUCCUCAAGGAGACAGAGCUAAAGAAGCUAAGAGUUCUGGGCUCAGGAGCCUUCGGCACUGUCUACAAGGUGUGUGUGCGUGCGUGCAUCUGUCUGUCUGUCUUUUGCAUUGUCUAGAAGAUACCCUCAUCGAAUAGUUUAAAAUUGAAUCUAACAUUGAUGUCAACAUCAUUUACUGAAACUAUAACUUUUUCUAAAGUUAUUAUGUUAUUAUAGUGUAAUUAUAAUGGGAAUAUACUCAUUCCAGGGGGCAUGGGCUCCUGAUGGGGAGAAUGUGAAGAUCCCGGUGGCCAUCAAGGUUUUGCGGGAGAACACCUCGCCCAAGGCCAACAAGGAGAUCCUGGAUGUGAGUUUCAGUAUAAACCCAUCCUUCUUUUAAUUAAUUAUCUCUUUCUCUUACGCACAGACUAUCACUCUCUUUCUCGCUCUUUCUCUCUCACACACACACACACACACACAUAGGAGGCGUACGUAAUGGCCGGUGUGGCCAGUCCCUAUGUGUGUCGUCUGCUGGGUAUCUGCCUGACCUCCACGGUUCAGCUGGUCACCCAGCUCAUGCCCUACGGCUGCCUGCUGGACUACGUCCGAGAGAACAAGGACCACAUCGGCUCCCAGUACCUCCUCAACUGGUGUGUGCAGAUAGCGAAGGUGAGGCUACGAGAGAUAUGAUCAAUCCAUCUGUCCAUCAUUCAUUAGUUCGUCCGUCUGCAAGGGAUCAUAAUGUCUAUGGGUCAAAUUUCUUAUUUUGUGCCUUUGUGUGUGUGUGUGUGUGUGUGUAGGGGAUGAGCUACCUGGAGGAUGUACGUCUUGUGCACAGGGACCUGGCAGCCCGUAACGUCCUGGUAAAGAACCCCAACCACGUCAAGAUAACUGACUUCGGCCUGGCUCGCCUGUUGGACAUAGACGAAACAGAGUACCAUGCAGACGGAGGCAAGGUAGGGCACUGUAUGUGUGUGUGUUAUAUGAGUGUACAAAACAUUAGGAACACCUGCUAUUUCCAUGACAUGGACAGACCAGGUGAAAGCAAUGAUCCCUUAUUGAUGUCACCUGUUAAGUCCACUUCAAUCCACUUAAAAUCCACUUCAAUCAGUGUAAGUCUAUCUGGUAAUAUUGGUCUAUCUGUUAAAACUUGUAAUAUUAAUCUGUAUGCAGACGACACUGUUAUGUAUGCCAUUGCCCCAACUGUUGACCAGGCUAAGUUAGAACUGCAAUCUGACCUUGUUACCUUACAGAAAGCCCUGAUUGGUUUAAAACGUGUACUUAAUGCGGGAAAGACUAAAUACAUCUUGCAGGGCUGCCAACUUUUGAAGAAAGCUUGGAGUGAGAUUUGCUAUGUGAAUUUCAUUGCCCAAUGGCACAACCCCUAGUUGUGGCAAUUUCCUGCAAUUCUACAUAUUCUGACAUGGCUUAGGCCUAUGACCACAGGUCAGGUGUAUUUAGGACUACUGUUGCAUACGUUGCUAAUAGUUUUGGGUUGGUUGACACUUUAUUCAGACAGUAAUUAAAUGAGAUGGGGAGACAGGAAAAUGGGAGAAACAUUGGGAAGGUUGGGUGCUGGGAUUGAUCCCUGUUCUCAGGUGGAAAGCUGUAUGUGACACAUACCGGGGAGUGUUACCACUACACCAGAGCUCUGCACAGGAAAUACUAAUAUUAAUAGCUGAUGGCAGUGUGUAACCAAAUCAUAGACUGUAUUCUCCUUGUCCAUAGACUGCUUUCAAGGUAAGGACACAAACACUUUGUAUUUUGGGUAAACUAUCUCUUUAAAAUAGGGCUGAAAGAAAAUCCUGCUUGCUCCCCAGGAGGGUAGGCCACCCCUGAUGUUGCCCAAGUGCUGGGUGUUUACAAAUGUUCUUGUUAUAACAAUUAAUUUCUCAAAAUCACCCAACCUUCAAGAAAAGUCUAAUGAACAUCAAUAUUCAGGUGGAUUAUGCCUACUAGUUGAAGAUCCUUGCCAUAAUCUUACUCUUCAUAGACAAAAUAUGGUGUGUUUAUGAGUUGAGUCCCCCUAAAAUGUCGAAAAUUAUAUUUGAUUCCUGGAGCAUUUAAUAUCCAAUGCUUAUUUGUAUGACUUAUUCAAAACUGUCCAUGAAUGGCUGAAAAAAAAUCAUAGCCUCAUAUAAUAAAUUUUCAAAGACACAAGUAUGCAUAUCAGAUUUCAAAUAUGUGAUUAUACUGGCAAAAUUGGGAAGACGUGGAAUCAUAAAAUAAGUGUGGGGAAUAACAGUAGUGUUCUUGCUGACAAGCAGAGUAAUUACCCUAUAUUGUUGCCCAUUGUUAAAAAUGAGAAUUGUUCCACUGAUCAGACUAAAUAAAGCAAAUAGAUAAUAAAAUCUCCUGAAAACAAUAUUGCAUCAAUCUGCCCCUACACCCUAACCAAAUUAUGUUUCUAUUUAUUGUCCCCCCUCUAGAAUAAAACAUACACUUUUGCGUUCACAAUCUGUUUGACAGGAUGAUUUUCAUAGUUACAAAGCAGGUCACCCUACCAAACUUCCCUGCUAAAACAUACUCUAGGUCUGUCUGCUGCCUUUACUUUGUCACAGCCUAAAUGCCAAUCACCAAACUAGGGGACUACUGCACAUUUGUAUAAGACAUGCUGUCAAAAGGCUGCAUUCUGCAAUAGGGGCUGGAGUAACAGCAAUUACAUUUAGUUGACAUUGUACAUAAAACAGCGCUACCGUGCUGCUAUUUUUACAGUUUUAUAAACUCAGCGGAUAACGUUCUCUCUCUCCAUUCAGUUCCACUCGAAUCUUGAUGGGCGUUUCUUUAAAACAUGCAUCCAAUCCCCUUGAUCCCUAACAUAACAUAACUAGACCAAUCAUAUGCUUCAAUAAUCCGAGGUUCAUAGUGCUGUGGCAAAACAGGACAAUGAUAGAGAUUCUGCUCGUGAUGUUAAAUUGCAGGCGGAUAUGCUCCGAUUUCAAAACUAUUUGGAGAACAGUUUAAAAGUUAAUGCGCUGACUAUAAUGGACUAAUUAGAAAAAGAAAAGCAGUACUUUUCAAUUCGUGAGAUAUAGGAGGUGUGCGGUGAGAGCGUGCGAAGAGGGUGAAAUGCGUAAAAGUUGGCAGCUCUGAUGUUGUUCUUUAGUUCUCGCAAUAAUGUUUCAGAUGGAUUACAUAUUUAUUCAUUGGAUGGUUCUAGUGCUGGAACCUGUUUGGGUUUUUACUUUAUCUUCUAUAAUGGUAUUUAAAUGUUUGUUUUGUUAAAUGUCAUAUGCAACUCUGUCGCGUUUAUGGUUUACUCCAUUUGCUACAUGAAUCGUCUUUCUCCCUCUCCUCCUGUUCCUUCCCACACCAAGCUCUGCCCCCUGUCACUCAAGGAGCGAGCAGUUGCUCGACCAAGGAGUCACGAGCACUUUCAUACCGUUCAUUCUGCAGUCUGCAUAGUCAUAUGCAGAAAGAUGUUGGUGAUAAGGAGGCUGCUUUCUACAAGCGUUCUAUAAUUACAACAUUACUUUGUGUAUCUUACUGUCUGCUAGUUUGUCUUUUCUUAGCAAGUUCUAGCUAAAAUAAAUAGUGUUAGCCGCUAAUCGUUAGUUAGCUUGCUAGCUAGCUUGCUAAAUGUACUGAGUCAGCGCAAACGUAGCUAGCUAACACAGCCAGGUACCAGUAAUGGUGUAGGCUUAGAUAACCAUGUUUGUGCAACGGUAUCUUCCAAAUCAGAGAAGAAUAGACGAAGCAUGAGGUGAUAAACCAUGUAAUGUAACCUAUAAUUAGAGUCCCCUGGAAACACUGACCAACACUUAGGUUCCUACCCUGUCAAUAAUUCCUCCCUGGCUUAUUCAUUCAUUGUCAUGUCAAACAAUAAUGUAGGGUGCUGCCCACUAGAUUCCAACUAUAUAAUUAGAUUAAUCAUUCUAUUUCCAUGAUUCCAACAGUUUAAUUAACUAGGCCUAGAUUUUUGGCACAUAUUAUGCAGCUGUGCGGGGCACAGUGUGGAAAUAAUAACAAAAGUGCAGGAAAUGCAGAAAAUUAUUUUUGUUUUGAAGUUGGAUUGAACAGUAUACAACAUUCAGAAUAGAGAAAGCCCCAUUGAAAUCACGUAUAAUGUAUGUGUUUCCACCCUAGGGUCAUGAACUUCUCAUAAAGCAUAUUUAGAACCAUUAUUAUUCCAAAACAUAAAAUAACAGCAAAUACCAUCAAAAAUGUGAAAAAGAUUGUGAUAUGAAAUUUGGGCCAUAUCGCCCAGCCCUAGAUGGUGCUCCCAUUGAUCAGGUUCCCGCCUACAAAUAUCUGGCCAUUUGGAUUGACAAAGACUUAAUGUUUAAAAAACAAAUACGGAUGAGUUAGUUAAAAAGCUAAGAUUUAAAGUGGGCUUAUUUUUUAGAAAUAGUUCUUGCCUCUCCGUAAUUUGCAAAUUGUACAGUCAACUUUCCUGCCAGUUCAUGAUUAUGGUGACACCAUUUACCAGAUUGCAGCAGCCACUACUCUUAAACUUUGGAUGCCGUUUACCAUAGCGCCAUUCAUUUUAUCACUGGUGACAGUUUUAAUACUCACCACUGCAUCCUGUAUCAAAAUGUUGGCUGGUCCUCAUUAAAGUCCUGUAGAUCAAUUUAUCACUCCCUUUUUGUUUACAAAGCCCUACUACACAGGCUUCCAACUUAACUAACUUUGUUGUUACAGUAUAAAAAAAACAACAUGAGAUGCCAAACCCGCUCACAGGGUUGGUUAACUCUUGAGGUUUCUCGGGUCUCCACCGAAUUAGGUAAAUUCACUUUUAGUUUUAAUGCACAUCAUUGCUGGAACCAACUGCAAAAUACACUGCAAUUGGGCGCUCUGAUGCCGCUUGGGCAACUUAAAAUAUUAAUUGGGGAACUAUUUGCGGGGGGAUUUUGCUGUUUUUCUUUAUUGUUUGUUGUGCUGUAUUUUAGUUUGUUUUUGUACUGAUCUGAUUUUUAUUGGAUUUUUGUCUAUGAAUUGUAUGUGCAGGGCUCCCUUGCGAAAGAGACCCUGGUCUCAAUGGUGAAUCCCUGUUUAAAUAAAGGUUAAAACAUUAUUUUUUUUAAGAUGAAGGGGAGGAGACAGGUUAAAGAAAGAUUUUUAAGCCCUGAGACAAUUGAGUCAUGGAUUGUGUAUUUGUGCCAUCAGAGGGUGAAUGGGCAAGACAAAAUAUUUGUGCCUUUGAAUGGGGUAUGGUAGUAGUUGCCAUGCGCACUGUUUUGAGUGUGUCAAGAGCUGCAACGCUGCUGGUUUUUUUUAACGCUCAACAGUUUCCUGUGUGUAUCAAGAAUGGUCCUCCUCCCAAAGGACAUCCAGCCAACUUGACACAACUGAGGGAUCCCGGUGGAAUGCUUUCUAGACCUUGUAGAGUCCAGGCCCCAACGAAUUGAGACUGUUCUGAGGGCAAAAGGGGUGCAACUCAAUAUUAGGAAGGUGUUCCUAAUGUUUUCAACACUCAAUGUAAUGUCUACGUGUGUUUGAUGUCUCUGUGCUCUUCAGGUGCCUAUUAAGUGGAUGGCGUUGGAGUCUAUCCUCCACAGGAAGUUCACCCACCAGAGUGAUGUGUGGAGCUACGGUCAGUCUAGCCACUCUAACCCAUACUUAAUAUAUAAAUAAUGCCACCAAGCAUUUCAAAAUUCACUAAGACAGCAACGUCGAAUGUAUUAUUUCAGACUCAACAGUACCUCUGUACAUUUGUGGGCAAUAAAAAGUUAAGUCGUAUAGGCAGUACAAUUGCCAUAAUGCGUGUGCAAUUUGUGUGGUACAGUUUGUUUAAAAAAACCUGUACCACACUUUUUAGUGCCCACAACUGUUUAUCUAUGGCUCUAUAUAAAGUCAACUGAGUGUGAGAUAUAACAUUUAAACAGGCGCCAUGUUGGCACCAAACAUUCAAAGACUACCUUCUAGUUUGAAUAGAGUGUUAUUGUCAUAAUAUCCCACAUGAAAAAAAAAAACAGUUUAGUAUAGAAUACUAAGGUACUUACUAUAGAAUUCUAUAGUAUACUGUAGUAUACUGUAGAAUACUAUACUACACACUGUAGUAUCCCUCGAUCAUGUGUAGUACUUAUUAUAGAAUGUUGUAGUAUACUGUAGAAUAUUACAGUAACUACUACAGUAUAUCAGCAAAUAAACACUUUAGUAAAUAUUACAGUAAUGUCCGCAAAAACAUUGCACUUUUUUAAACUAUAGUAAAUGCAAAAUUGUAGCAUUUGCAUAUACCCUGCCAAUUCCCCUCCCCCAUAUCACAAUUUGUGCCACCCAUAAGUGAGAAACCUACAUGCCAAAUAUAGACCAUGUUGUGUUCCCUACAGGUAAUAGAAAAUAGCUAUUUUAGUAUUUCUUCAAUACGUUUCCUGAAGGAGAAAACCUCCACUUCUAUGUAA